AUGGGCAAGGUCAAGUACAUCCUUCUCGACUGCGACAACACCCUUUGUCAGUCCGAGCGUGUGGCAUUCGCUGCCUGCGCCGAGCUGAGCAAUGAGGUUCUCGCCAAAUACAAAGUUGACGCCCACUACUCAAUGGAAAGUCUGCUCGAUGAGUUCGUCGGCCACAACUUCCGUAGCAUGCUCAAGGGUCUGCAAAAGAAGCACAACUUCACUAUGACCGACGAGGCCGUCGAUUCCUAUGUCGACCAAGAGCUGGGCCGUGUCACCGCCAAGCUGUCCGAGAAAUGUGACGAAUGCCCCGGCGUCACCAAGCAACUCGAAUGGGCUCAGAGCCAGGGCUACCCAUUGGCCGUCGUCAGCACUUCAGCCAAGCCGCGUGUCAUCGCCAGCUUGAAGACCACCAACCUCAUGCGAUUCUUCAAGGAUGAACACGUCUACUCGGCCGCCACCUCUCUGAACCCACCCUCUAGCAAGCCUGACCCGGCCGUGUAUUUGUUCGCUUGUAAGGAGCUUGGUGUAAAGCCAGAGGAGACCCUCACCGUCGAGGACAGCAAGUCGGGAGCGACGGCCGGCAUGCGUGCUGGUAUUCCACUCAUUGCUUACGUGGGCAUCUACGGACUUGAGGAGGGCAAGGAGAAGGAAGACCAGAUGGCCAAGCUGUUGACUGAGGAGUGCAAAGCGAAGGUUGUCAUGCGUGACUGGAAGGAGUUCCCUGAGUGUGUGAAGAAGAUCGAAGAAUCCCUGUAA